AUGGCCGGGCAAAGUCUGAUCAGUAGAUGCCAAGCCUUUGCUCCGCCUCCCACAGUUGACACGAAUGAUGACUGGAUGCCAGUCGACGCCUAUCGUCAACAACACGGUAUUCAGUUCGAAUACGAACCGAGGCACAUCUCCCCCGAAGUUUGCCGGUACUUAAACGAAACAGAAUGUGCUCAAGAAGACAAAGCUGCCAGGGAAACGUACCAGCGCCAUUUGCGAACAAUGGAAAGCCUCCGACGAAGACGUUUACAGACUACCCCCGCAACCAGCAAGGGCUCGUUCAAGGCUAUGGUACUUCUUGUCCAGUUUGCGGACCACCAAAACCGGCCCCUUCCCUCGAAAGAAUACUUCGAAGAGCUCUGCAACGGUGCCGGAACGUCGACGGUCAACCCUAUCGGUAGCAUAAAGUCCUAUUUUUCCGAACAAUCGCAAGGCUUGUAUGAUGUUGAUUGCGAAGUUUUUGAUUGGCGCACCACAACGUAUACCGAAGCGGACGCUGCACAAGGUAUUAGCGGUAUAUUGAGCAACGCCAACGCCCAAAAGUUUUUCCACCCAGUAUUGGAUCAGAUUGACGCAGAAAAAGUCGCCUCGAGUGGAGACUUUUGGUUAUUUUUCGAAGGCUUCGAUGCCGAUGGCGAAGACGGUAUGGGCGACGGCUUCAUUGAUGCAUUGGUCGUGAUUCAUUCUGGUUUUGGAGCACAAGUGGCAGAAAUUUGCGACGGUGUUCGACGUGCCGAUCGGAUCUGGUCACAGGGUCGCUCCACUUCGGAAGGCUUUGGUUGGAAUCCACGCAAUAUUGAGGUCGGUUCCUACUCUAUUGCCAGUGCAUUCGAGCGUUGCAGUACAGACCGCCCAGCUUUGAUGGGAGUCAUUACUCACGAAUGGUAUGGUCAGAUCGCCUUCCUUUUCGCGGAAAUUUUGUCAUUCUUCGUUGGAACUAACCGGCUUCACACUUUCGGCGUACCAGACUUGUACGGAAAAAACAAUUUUCGAUUCGGUGGUAUUGGGUCCUUUGGAAUGAUGUCAUCCCCGUAUGGCCAGACUGGCGACGGGUCCACGCCUGGAUCGCUAGUACCAUGGACUCGAAACCGCAUUGGUUGGCUGGAAUACAACGAAAUUACGACGGAUGGGACGUAUUCAGUAAGUGGGCUGCAGGCGUACGCAAUUCGUGAUAAGUUCCCCGCAGAUGAGUUUUUGGUGAUCGAAUGCCGGUUUCCAAGCUCUUUCGAUUCAGACUUCUGGGGAAUCGGUGGCAUUGUAUUUUAUCAUAUCGACGAUAAAAUGGGAGGACAAGACCGCCCAGGCUGGCCCGGUCAAUCUGGAUGGCCUGCAAACGGCAACCACUACCAAGUAGCAGUACUACAGGCUGAUGGACGUUACGACAUCGAGCAAGAUGUCAACAGUGGAGAUAUCGAUGAUCUGUGGGUGGAUGGGAUGGCUUUACGCCCAAAUGGUGGGAGCGGUAUUUUCCCUAAUACCGAUAGUUAUCAGGGAACGCCAACGGUGACAGGGAUCACAAUCCGAAUCGUGUCCAGCCCGGGGAAGACUAUGCAGUUUGUUGUAGAAGGACUGGCAUCCAAUCCCAACCAAUUAUCACUUCCUACGCCCUUCCCAAGUGGCCUUCCUUCACACUCUCCGGUCAUUGGGAUUGCUGCUACUCCCUUCGCGUCUCCAUCACAGUCAAAUCCCUAUCCACUCUGUACGUCGAGUAUUACAGAAAAUUGCUUUGAUCAACCCACAGCAGCUCCGAAAGAUUCCAAACCUUGUGUACCAGGCAUGGGAGUGGUCUGUUCUGAUGGUACUAGCGAUCCACAAACGGCCCCGACUAUAGCACCUGAAAGUUCCAAAGAUGAAACAACAGGACAAGAAGAUGCUUUGACUUCCAGUGCCCCAAAGCUUGGCGAUAUGCUUGUUCUGGUUGUCUCUGCUGUAACCAUCGUGGUUACUUGGUAAAGGGGGAAGGCUAGCUUAAACGGGGCAUUUUUGCAUCUUUCAUCAAAUCUUCAAUGACCAGAAGGAUCUCCCGUUGGUUUUUGUCCGAAGGCUUUACUCUUUCGAUUUAAACCUGAAGAUGCAUUCUUUCGGACCAAUGGUUAACAUCUUGGUUUGUCUGGUCUUCUCGCUCUCUCUAGAAUUCAUGUGAGCUCAAAAUAGCACGAGCCUCAACUGUAAAGUAAAUUUGAGUCGAAACCUUG